AUGUUUAAGUUCUUAAUUAAUUCAAUUCGUUUUGAAUAUAAUAAUAUUUCUUAUAGUUAUUUUAUAAGAAUGUUUACUCAUAGUAAAUAUACUCUGAUUAGUAAGAAUGAGGUUGUUAAUAAUAAUAAUAAUGUUGAUAAUAAUAGUGUUGAUAAUAAUAAUAAUCUAAAUAAUAAUUCGAAUAUUAAUAAUAAUAUGAGUAUUAAUAUAGAUACUAUGAAUAAUAAUAAUAUUACUAAUAGUGUUAAGGUUAAAAAUAGUAUUAUUAAUAAUGAUAAGAGUUUAACUAAUUUAAAGGCUAUAUUAAGGGAAGUUAAUAAAGAAUUAGAUAUAGAUAAUAAUGAUCCAUUAUAUGUACAGAAUAAUUUAGAAAAGAUAACCGGAAGAUUAGAGAAGGUAGAUUGUAAUAUAUUUAUGUGUUUAUUAGAUAAACGUAUAAAGAAUUAUAUAUUAGAAUUAAGAUCUGAAAUAAUUAGUAGACAUGGUCCUGAUGUACUUUUGUAUAAGUCCAGUGAUUUAUAUAAAUAUGUUAGUUGUUUCUCUAGUAGUGAGUUAGCUGAUUUAUAUGUUAGUGUUAUAUUUUAUUUAAUGGUAGAAAAUCAUAAAGGUUUUGAAAUACUAAAGAUUAGUAAUGUUAAUAAUUUUAUAUAUAAAUGUUGAAUAGAUAUGUAUGUAUAUAAACAAUAUCUUAUAUAUUGUAAAAAGAAUACUAAUUCAAUUAGUUUUAAAGAUUGAUAUAUUAAUGAAUUUAAUAUUAGUUUAAUAAAUCAACCUGUAGUUGAAUACUUAUUAAGUAAUGAAAUAUUAGAGACUUUGAUAAGUUUUGGUUUAAUAACUAUAAAAGCUAUUAAGGGGCUUAAAGUAAAUAGAAUAUAUAAUAUAGUUAGUUUUACUAAUAAAUUUAAUGAUCUUAUAACUAAAGAUACUCUUAAUUUUGAUAAAAAUGGUCGUUAUAUAGGUCGUACUUAUAAUGUAUUGAAUGGUUAUCUACCUAUGGUUUGUCCUCCUGUACCUUAUAGUGUAGAUACUAAUAGUGAUGGUGUUUGUUUCUAUUUUGGUGGUUAUCUUAAUAAUGGUAAGAAAUAUUAUAAUAAUAUAAUUUAUAAUAAACCUUUGUAUAAAUAUCAAACUGUUAUAUCUCAUGGUAAUACUGAUACUGUAUUAGAUAGUGUUAAUCGUAUGAUGAGUGUACCUUAUAGAAUAAAUAAAGAAUUAUAUAAUUUUAUAUUAAAUAAUAAUAAUGUUUAUAAAUUUUAUAUACCUUUAAAUGAAAAUCAUCCUUAUGAAGAGGAUAUUUUAUCAGGUAAUAAAAAAAUAUCUGUAAAAAGACUUAGAGAUUAUGAAAGUUUUAUAUCUAAAAGAGCUUUAGAUAAUGGUAUUCUUGAUAUAGCUUAUACAUAUCUUAAUAUUAAUAAAUUCUAUAUUCCUUUAAGAUUAGAUUUUAGAUCACGUAUAUAUUGUGAUGUUAGAUAUUUACAUUAUCAAGGUAGUUCUUUAAGUAAGUAUUUACUUGAAUUUGCUAAUCCUGUUAAUAUUGAUAUUAAUAAUGAAAUAGCUAUUAAUUAUUUAAAAAUAUCUGGUGCUAAUGCUUUAGGUAAAGAUAAAUUAUCUUUUAUAGAUCGUGUUAAAUUAAUUGAUAGUAAACAUAAUGAGAUAAUUAAUUAUCAUAAUAAUAGUAUUAUUAAUGAAGCUGAUGAUAAAUUAGCCUUUUUAGCUUUUUGUAUAGAAUAUAAUAAAUAUAAUAAUGCUAAAAUUAAUGGUGAGUCUUUUUAUACUUCUCAUUAUCCUAUUGGUUUAGAUUCUACAUGUAAUGGUUUUCAACAUAUAUCUAUGCUUAUUAGAGAUAUAUAUUUAUUAAAUAAAUUAAAUUUAGAUAAUAAAGGUUUUACAGAUAUACCUGAUGAUUUUUAUAAUUAUUGUACUAUUAAAUUAAUAGAUUAUUUUGAAUCUUGUAUUAAAGAUAAAAUAUUAAAAGAUGAUAUAUUACAAAGUAUGCAAACUUUACUAAAUGUAAGUAUACCUCGUAAAAUGGUAAAGAAAUGUAUUAUGAUUAUACCUUAUAAUGCAUCUGUUCGUACUAUGGCUGAAUCAAUAUUUAAUCAAUUUAAUAAAAUAGAUGAUGAUCUAUAUAGUUAUAUUGAUAAUCCUAAUAUAGUGUUAAGUUAUAAAGAUAUUAAAGUUAUAGCUGACUCUUUAAGAGAAAUAUUAAAUAGAAUAUUCCCUAAUAUAGCUAAAUUUACUGAUUACUUUAAUAAAAUAGCUAUUGUAGCUAAUAGGUUAAAUAUACCUAUACCUUGAGAAACACCUUCUGGUGUACAUAUUAGACAAUAUUAUCAAGAUAGUCGUAGUAUUAAUGUUAGAUUUAAUCAAUAUUCUUUAUAUUCUUUAAAUUUAAGUUUACCUUUAGAUCGUCUUAAUGUUACUAAACAGAAAAGAGCUUUAAUGCCUAAUUUUAUACAUUCAUUAGAUUCUACAUGUUUAUCAUUAUUAAUAAAUAAUCUAUGAAAGUUAAGUGAAUUUAAUAAAAAUAUAUAUGCUAUUCAUGAUUGUUUUGCUACUAAUCUAACUGAUGUUCCUUUAUUAAUGACUUCUUUAGCUGAUGUUUAUAUUAAAGUAUAUCAAGAUCGUAAUUACUUACUCGAUUUUCAUAAAAAAUUUAUAGAUAAUAUAAGUACUAUAUAUCCUGAAAUCUUUCCUGAUGAUAUCGAUAAAUAUGAUUAUACUAGAGAAUUAGUAUUACCUUUACCUGUUAAUAUUCGUGUAUCUAAAAAUCAUACACAAAUUAAAAUUCCAUCAUUAAACUUUAUUAAUAUGGAUAAUCAUUAUUCAAUAAAACAUGAAUCAACUUAUCUUGCUAAUUAA